GGGAGAAAAGUCAAGUUCAUUUGCAUUAGCUUUUACACAUUUCUGGCAACGUCAGAGGAGUGUUUGUGAUAUUACGUGGACAUAAGUAUCAAGUAUAGCCGAUGUAAAAAGUUAAGCGGUUGUAAACGAACUUGAAAUUUAUUAGUUACCCUUUCUCUGAACAGGGCAAUGGGUUGGUUAAGGAGAUGGAUGCGUAGAAACACGCGACCGAUAACCAAAGAAAACGCUGAAUAUUGGAAGGGCAAACUGUCAAUUGUAUAUGCAAUUUGCGCUUGGCAUAUUUUUGGCUUCACUAUUUAUGGCUUGAUCAAUUCAAAACUACCACAGGAUCCGAACCUGUCGAUAGGUCAAAGAUAUGCAGAGAUUCUGAACAUUGAUUUGAAAACUCACAAACUACAUCGAAUUACCGGGUUUACCUACUCGGGAGUAACGAAUCAGGCCGAUUUUGACGAAAAUAAGGCAAAGCUUACCGAAACAGAGAGCACAUCGCUUUAAUGUAUACAUAGUUUUAAUACUUUCAGUUUGCAGUUUGCAAAUGCUAUAUUCACAAAAUAUAGUAUAUAACAAGAUGUGAUAUAAAAUAGAUUUUCUCAAGUCUUGAGUCAACUUGUAUAAUAACAGCGGGCAGGGCACAUCAAUGAAGCGUAUGGAUUUAAUGAAAUCCGUGUCAAACUUGCCCACGAGUUGGUUUAGUAACGAUCAUGUUACCGUGUUCAGGGAAGCGACCGUCUCAGAGCGACUGCCGAGUUGGAGCUGGUUGAUUCUGGGUUCAACUCCUUUAACCGUUGCUCCAUUUCACAUAAAAGAGCAGACCUAGGUAGAAUGUUUAAUAAAAUGUAAUAAUAAAAUUCACCUAAACCAUAGAAAUUCAUCA